AUGACGGGAUUUCCUCGCCCGCGCGAUCACGCUUCUUCCUCCUCGCACAAUUCCAACAGCAGUGGUAGCAAUGUAUUCAAUUUGCUCGCAAGGAGAGAGAUCUCACCCCGAACAAAGUACGUGGCCAAAUGGCAUUGGGGAGAAGUUUCUAAGUCAAAGUCUGGUCCUUACUCUCGUUCCAAGAAUGAGGUUGUGAGAGAUGCAAGACGAGGUCUCCUCUCGUGGGUUGAGGCUGAGUCAUUACGGCAUUUGUCAGCUAAGUAUUGUCCUUUAUUGCCUCCUCCCCGGUCUACUAUUGCAGCAGCAUUUAGUUCUGAUGGGAAAGUUCUUGCCUCCACUCAUGGUGAUCACACAGUAAAGAUAAUUGAUUGUGAGACUGGAAGUUGCUUAAAGGUGUUAGUUGGCCAUAGGAGAACGCCUUGGGUGGUUAGGUUCCAUCCAUUGCAUCCACAUAUACUUGCUAGUGGGAGCUUGGAUCAAGAAGUUCGAUUAUGGGAUGCUAACACAUCAGAGUGCAUAAUAUCUCAUCAUUUCUACCGCCCCAUUGCAUCUAUUGCUUUUCAUGCCAAAGGUGAAAUAAUUGCUGUUGCAUCUGGCCACAAGUUGUACAUAUGGCACCACAACAAGAAAGGUGAAGCAUCCUCACCCAUAUUUGUGUUGAAGACAAAGCGGUCACUUCGGGCUGUGCAUUUUCAUCCACAUGCAGCGCCCUAUCUUUUAACUGCGGAGGUCAAUGAUCUUGACUCUUCUGAUUCCUCAAUGACAGAGGCAACAUCUCUUGGCUAUUUACAAUAUCCUCCGCCUGCUGUUUUUGUCACAAAUAUUCAUCCUUCAGAACAUAUAAGUUUGUCCGGCGAACUGCCUUAUGUGUCAUUACCUUUCCUUUUUAUGCCCUCAUAUACUGUUGACGAGUCAAGAGCAGAAAUACAACAUUCUAGUCAGGAGGUGGGCUCAGGAAGCAUGCAAAUUGAGUCUUCUGCCAUGGUACAGUUACAAGCAGACACAAGUGCAACAGAACAAUAUGAGGCUACAGUGUCUCCCAUGGAUACAUUCUCCGAGGUGCCCACUAGUUCUCAAACUGGUAUAGAAUAUCCGGCUCAUACUGCUUUCUCUAAUGGAAUGGGAAUUGGCCUCAGUAAUCUCACAAUGGAUGGUAUGGAGACUGAUGAGACCAGACCUGCUGAAGGAAGCCAACAUGGAAACUCUACCAAUACCUAUUCUCUUAAUGGUGUGCUACAUGGACUGUCUAGGCCAACAUCCAACCGAGGGGUUCCCUCUGAGCUUGGUCAAUUUCAUCAGUUUUUUCCUUCUAGUUCAAGAGACCCAAGUGCGUGGGAGUUGCCUUUUCUCCAAGGAUGGUUAAUGGGUCAAAGCCAAGUUGGUGUUCCUUCAAUGCUUCCUCACAUGGGUGCUAGUCGAGACAUUCUAGCCCAACAGAUUGGUGCUUCUACAAUGCCAUCUAAUCUUUCCAGUUCUAAUGUUGAUGCAGCAGUGUCAUCUUCAGCAAUCACUGGCAGCAUCAGCAUACCAGCUUCUUCAAUGAGAUCAGGUUUACGGAAUCAUUUUUCACAAUUCCGGCAACCUGUAUCUGAAUCCAGCAAUCUCGCAGCUUCUAUUAAUAAUCCACAUGAUGGAUCCGAUAUCCAAACGAUUAUGAAUCGAAUUCAGUCAGAACUUGCUGCUACAUCAGUGGCUGCUGCAGCAGCUGCAGAGUUACCUUGCACUGUGAAGUUAAGAGUAUGGUCACAUGACAUUAAAAAUCCAUGUGUCCCACUUAAUGCUGAUAGAUGUCGUCUAACCAUACCACAUGCUGUCCUCUGCAGUGAAAUGGGUGCUCAUUUUUCACCAUGUGGUAGAUUUUUAGCUGCCUGUGUCGCAUGUAUGCUUCCUCAUAUAGAAGCUGAUCCAGGCUUACAAACUCCAGUACACCAAGAGCCUGGUGUUGCAACAUCACCAACCCGGCAUCCAAUCUCAGCACAUCAAGUUAUGUAUGAACUUCGGAUAUAUUCCCUUGAGGAGGCAACAUUUGGGUUGGUACUUGCUUCACGGGCAAUUAGAGCAGCUCAUUGUCUGACUUCAAUUCAGUUCUCUCCUACAUCUGAGCACAUACUACUUGCCUAUGGUCGACGCCAUGGUUCACUUCUUAAAAGUAUUGUCAUUGAUGGCGAAACAACAUUACCUAUAUAUACAGUGCUAGAGGUAUACAGAGUGUCAGAUAUGGAACUUGUUAGGGUGCUUCCUAGUGCAGAAGACGAGGUGAAUGUGGCAUGCUUUCAUCCUUUUGCUGGGGGAGGUCUAGUUUAUGGAACAAAGGAAGGAAAGCUUAGGGUCCUCCAGUAUGACGGUGUUCAUGAAGUGAAUGGCAACGGACCAAGUUACUUUCCUGAGGAGACCAUCAUUGGAGUCAGUCAAGGAGAAUUAGCGGUAGGCUAUGCGGAUUAUGCGAUCAUCUACACUCAUGGUACUGAUGUGAUGAUCAUGGCAAAACGACAUCCAUUUUUUGGUGGGGUGAAACGGCCAUGA